AUGCAAAUUAUUCCUUAUAUGGGUCUAAUGUUUGGUAGUAAGAUUGUUGAAAAGAGUUUAUGGUUCAGUAAUUUAAAAGGUACUGAAGAUUUUUUUAGUGGCGCAUUAGCCGGAAUGAUUAGCAAAACUGGAAUAUUUCCACUUGAUUUGUUAAGAAAACGGUUACAAAUUCAAGGUCCCAAUCGAUCAAAGUAUGUAAUCAAGAAUAUUCCAGCUUAUUCUAGUUCUAUAUAUUCUUGUAUACGACAAAUAAUUAUUGGAGAAGGAUUUUUUGGGCUUUACAAAGGACUAACUCCUGCAUUGUUAAAAGCUGUGCCAGUUAGUGCUACAACGUUUUUUGUCUAUGGACAAGCAAAAAAAUUAUUAGAAAGUUUACAUAGCAUAUCCUCGUAA